AUGUACGUUCAAACGUACGGCAAAGUGUACCAACCGCUUGGGGAGAAGCAGGUACGCUUGGUUCGGCUGCAGCCUGGAGUUUUCGGGCAGCCUCUAAUCUGUACCCUGGAUGCGAUCGAGCUCGACAACCCUCCAAGCUAUGAAGCCCUCUCCUAUGUCUGGGGCUCGGAGGAGAAAGGCAAAACAGCCCAAGUCAAUGAGCAGAACAUAAAUAUUACGGAAAACCUUCACGUCGCGCUCAACUACCUCCGGAAUGAGUCCGCAACCAUCACGCUCUGGGUAGAUGCGCUCUGCAUCUGCCAAGACGAGACUUCAGACAAGAGCAGUCAAGUCCGCAUGAUGGGUGACAUCUUCCGGAAGGCGACGCGCACCUGGAUCUGGCUUGGCGAGGCCUCAGAUGAAGACAAGGCCGUGGUGGACUAUCUGUGCAACGCCUCGUCCGAUAAGGAAAUCAAGCCAAAAGACCUCCCCAUGCCCGCCCUCCAGCACUUCUUCGGCCGCCCCUGGUUCCGGCGCCUCUGGAUUCUGCAAGAGGCCCUCCUCUCCCAACAACCAGUAGCGCAGUGCGGCAACAAGACGACCGACUUCACGCGCAUCGUCAAGCUCAGCACCGACCUGAUCUUCGACAACCUGGGCAACAACCGCGGCGACGCCUUCGUGCAGUGCAAGCUCAAGCGCUGCCUGCACGAGUGGGAUGCGCUGAAGGGCGUCCUGGCCGCAGGCGGUUGGCCGCUGCUGCACGCCAUGCCCAUGACCGAGACGCUCGAGUGCACCAAGUUCGAGGACCGCGUCUACGCGCUGCUGGGGCUGGCCACCGAGGCCGACCGCAAAUUCGUCCAGGUCGACUACUCCCGCCCUUUCGAAGAAAUCCAGACAGAGCUCUGCGCCUACCUGAUCUGCUCGCCCGAGAACCCGCUGCAUGCGCUGCACUACAUGGGCGGUGCAUCAGCUGAAGGAGGUGGCGUCAUGCCGUCGUGGACGAGGGAUUGGACAGCACCAAAGACCGAGCAGUGGCGCCUCGUGCGCAAGGCAGCGAACGUCCCUGCGCAGGAGCGGUGGCAUAUGCUUUACACGACGCCGGCCACGCUGGGUUACGAGUGGCUCAACGCCGAGGCGGAGAGGUUUCCGUGGACGAUGGAGCCAGCCGCGCUGGGUUCCGACGUCGUUCGGUUCUCGGCUGACCUGAAGACUCUUGCGUUGAAAGGGAUUCAGGUGGAUGAGGUCCAAAGUGCGCACCCGGCGCCGCUCCAAGGGGAUGAAGCUGCGUGGAAGUCAACGUGCGAAGAGUGGAAAGAGAUUGCCUUGGAAAAGAUGAAAGCCUAUGCAAGCCCGGAAGAGCGCUUUGAAGCGUUCUGCAAAACGCUUUGUCGGGGGGACUAUCGUGAUCAUGACGGUGUAUUGAGGGCGACUUGCGGCGACGCUUACCAGACAUGGAUCUCUGGCCAAGACCAUAGCAGCAGCAAUGGACCUCGGGAUGAUUUUAGUUUCCGAGUCAAGGCGGUUGGAAUGGAGAGGUCCUGGGUAGUCACAGGGAGAGGAUACGCAGCCAUCGCUCCAGGCGAUACCAAAGAGGGGGACUUGAUUUGCUUCUUCAAGGGAAACUUGGACCCAUUCGUGUUGCGUAGGCGGGAAGACACGUUUGCGUUCAUUGGAGAUACUUUCGUACCGGACCUCAUGAAUGGGGAAUGGAUCCAAGCAGCGAAAGGCACUGAUGUCAAGGAGUUCAGGAUUCAGUGA